ACUCACACGCCGCCGGCAUACGCACGGGCACGGGCACAGGCUGCACAGCAGUCGUUCGAAUCCCUCUGUCAAAUCGCAUCGCAUCCAAAAACCAGGAGCCUGCUGGAUUUCAAACGGCUGAUUCAAACGACCGGACCCCCCUCUCCUGCUGCGCCUGCCGCCUGCGCUUCGGCCACCGCACUACCUCCCCUCGCUCUCGCCCGCCCGCGCUCGCCGCCGUCGCCGCCGGGCGGCGAUGGAAACCCUAAUGGUGGACCGCGUCCACAGCAGCCUCCGCCUCUUCAUGCACCGCAACGCAGUAUUCCUCUGCGAGCGCCUCUGCGCGCAGUUCCCCUCCGAGACCAAUGUGCAAUUGUUAGCGACCUGCUACCUCCACAACAAUCAGCCAUAUGCUGCAUACCACAUUUUGAAAGGGAAGAAGAUGCCGGAGUCCCGGUACUUGUUUGCUACAUCAUGUUUUCGAAUGAACCUCUUGCGUGAAGCAGAAGAAACUCUAUGUCCAGUCAAUGAACCAAACAUGGAGGUUCCAAGUGGAGCAACAGGACACUACCUCCUUGGAGUGAUUUACAGGUGCACAGGCAGAAUUUCAGCUGCAGCUGAACAAUUUACACAAGCGUUGACUCUAGAUCCUCUUUUAUGGGCGGCAUAUGAGGAAUUGUGUAUAUUAGGUAUUGCUGAAGAUACCGAUGAGUGUUUUAGUGAAUCGACUGCUCUACGUCUCCAGCAGGAACACACAUCCACAUCCACUCUGGUGAAGUCAAACUUCGCCAAUGAAAAUCGAGUUCUAUCUUCCAGGGUCUCGGCAAGUCUUGGGGAUAUUAGUCCUAAGCAAAUCAAACAGCUUCAUGCUAACAACAUAGCAGAAGUAUCUGGCUAUCCUCAUGUAAGACCAACUGCAUUGCAUGUGCAGAAUAGUUCAACCUCUAAUGUAGCACAGUUUGACACUCCAUCACCAACUGCAGCACAGACUUCUAGUAUCAUGCCACCACCACUCUUUAGGAAUGUCCAUGCUUAUCAGAAUACAGUAAGUGGCGAUGCUCCCACGAAGCAGAAAACUAAUGGAGUAAACCAGCCACUUAGAAGGAAAAACAUUGAUGAAGCAAGGCUAAAGAAGGUUUCCGGAAGGUUGUUUAAUAGUGAUUCAAUACCUCGAAGAAGUGAAAGACUUAAAGAUACAGCAACAAAUUCAAAUUCAAAUACCUCUCAAUUUGGAGGGAAUGGAGCAGGUCAUUCGUCAGGUAAAUUGCGAGUAAACUCGUCCACACCAUCAAAAUUGUGUUCAACAGCCAUACGUUCCAUGCAAGUUAGGAAAGGAAAACCACGGGCUACAGAAAAUUUUGAUGAAGGAAGUAGAUAUGAAGUCAUUGAUGAAAUGUGGACAGACAAUAUAUCAGGAAUUUCAUCUUCUGUAAGUGCAACUGAUGGAAGAUCCUUUGAGCAAGAUAAAGCUGAACGAAUUCUGUUGCAAGACUCCAAAUUGGCACUUGGUAUUAGGGAGCUAUUGGGACUUUUCCGAACACUCGGGGAAGGUUUUAGGCUUUCUUGCUUGUUUAAGUGCCAGGAAGCAUUGGAAGUCUACAGAAAACUCCCUGAGUCACAGUUUAACACUGGAUGGGUUCUAUGCCAGGUUGGUAAGGCAUAUUUCGAAUUAGUUGAUUAUUUGGAAGCUGAUCGUUACUUUGAAUUGGCACACCGACUAUCGCCUUGUACGCUCGAUGGAAUGGACAUCUAUUCUACUGUUCUUUAUCAUCUGAAUGAGGAAAUGAGACUAAGCUACCUUGCUCAAGAGCUUAUUUCCAUUGAUCGGCUAUCUCCUCAAGCAUGGUGUGCAGUGGGCAAUUGCUUUGCCUUGAGGAAAGAUCAUGAGACUGCUUUGAAGAAUUUUCAACGUUCAGUACAGCUUGACUCAAGAUUUGCGUAUGCUCACACUCUAUGUGGUCAUGAGUAUUCUGCAUUGGAGGAUUAUGAGAAUAGUAUCAAAUUCUACCGAUGUGCACUGCAGGUAGAUGAAAGGCACUACAAUGCCUGGUAUGGCCUUGGGGUGGUAUAUCUUCGCCAGGAAAAGUUUGAGUUUGCUGAGCAUCAUUUCAGAAGGGCAUUUCAGAUAAAUCCUCGCUCUUCUGUUCUCAUGUGCUACCUUGGGAUGGCAUUGCACUCUCUUAAGAGGGAUGAGGAGGCAUUGGAAAUGAUGGAGAAAGCUAUAGCAGCGGAUAAGAAGAAUCCACUGCCCAAGUAUCAGAAGGCCUUAAUCCUUCUAGGUCUAAUGAAGUAUGAAGAAGCUCUGGAUGAGUUGGAGCGGCUAAAGGAGAUUGCGCCUCAUGAGAGUAGUAUGUUUGCACUGAUGGGAAAGAUUUACAAGCAACUCAAUAUUCUUGACAAAGCUGUUUUCUGCUUUGGCAUUGCCCUGGAUUUAAAACCUCCUGCUGCUGAUCUUGCUAUAAUUAAGUCCGCAAUGGAGAAAGUACAUCUCCCUGAUGAACUGAUGGAGGAUGACCUGUAAGUUCACUCAAGUACAGUGAGAAAGGAACAUUUACUUCGGGUUCAUGAUGUUCUGCUUGCUUCGUGUUCCUGACCUGCUUGGGCUUCUCCAGUGGAACUCGGAUCUCGGAGCUGUACCAUUAACCAUCCAGUUUUGUAGAUUUAGUUGUAGCCUGUAAUCAGAGAACACAUGCGCAGAAGCUGCAGUAGUUUAGGACUCUGUACAAGUUGAGCGUUGGCAAAAUGACGUCUGUAUCAUUAUACAGUUGUGAGGUUAACAAAAGAAAUCGUUGUUAAAUAACGGAAAUAAUCAAAGGAUGAGGAUCCUGCUGAUUCAAGCA